ACCACAUCAACCAUCAACCCGUCUCUCUCACCCUAGCGAAAGCGCUCUUAUCCUAACGUAACCAGAUAGGAUAUCAACGUUGUAUUUUCCUUUCUGCUCGAGUCCAGGUACUUGUGCUCAGAAGUUGAACUACUGGUGCGGUUUUACAUCAGGUCAGGAUGUCGAGCGACCUGGUGGGCGUGUGGGAGAUUGCUCUGAGCGAUGGAGUCCACAGGAUCGAGUUUGAACAUGGCACAACCACUGGGAAACGGGUCGUCUGCAUAGAUGGCAAGGAAGUUCUACGAAGGGACUGGAUGUUCAAACUGGUUGGAAAAGAGACAUUUUGUGUGGGGAGCUCAGACACUAAGGCCACCAUAAACAUUGAUGCGGUGAGCGGCUUUGCCUACGAGUACACGCUUGAGAUCAAUGGAAAGAGCUUGAAGAAGUAUAUGGAGAAUCGCUCAAAGGUGACCAGUACUUGGGUGCUCAACCUGGAUGGCACAGACUGCAGGGUUGUCCUGGAGAAGGAUACCAUGGACAUUUGGUGUAAUGGACAAAUGAUGGAAACAGCUGGCGAGUUUGUGGAAGAUGGCACAGAAACACAUUUCACCCUGAGUGACCAUGACUGUUGCAUCAAGGCUGUCAGCAGUGGCAAAAGAAGAGACGGCAUCAUCCACACGCUCUUAGUUGAUGGCAACGAGGUGGCAGAGUGCACAGAGUAAUGAGAGGAAGAGAAGAAAGAGAGAGAGAGAGAGAUAGAGAAGUUUAGUUUUGAAUGAAAGAGAGUGUUGGCUGUUGAUGACAGAAGGUUAGCCAUACAAGCAACACAUUUUAAGGGUCCAACAUUUCAAAGUCAGACAGGCACACAAAAACAGCAAACAGAAGUAUAGGCUGAAGUGCUCAUCACCAGCGUGAAAUUGAUUCGUAGUGGUCUGAUUGGGAACAGAAAGAUGUAAAGCAGUUCAGCCAAGGCAGCCUUGCAUGAAUAGCCAUUUCGGAUGUGGAGACAGAGAAAGGCAAUAACAUCUGCAACACCUUAGGAAUUCCUUAGGAAGUGCACUUUGCUGUCACUGUGUUUUUCAAUUCAUUUCGUGCUGAGAGACAUUUAUACAGCCUGACAAGGCCUCUGUGUUUACUAGUUCAAACUUUAACAAUGUGCCAGUCUUGCUAUUUCAUCUUCUCAGUUGUUAAACAGUGGUAGUUUAUACACUAGUAGUAUCUUAGUGUCUCUAUUUGAGUUGACUGGAAAUAAGGAAUGUUUUUUUUUAUUUUACCCUCACCUGGUGUGAACUUUGUGUGAACUUAUGCGGUAGAUGCCUCUCAUUUGGCCAUGCUGCAACAGUACAGACAUCAGUUUUAGUGGAGGGAUGAUAUUGAAAUGUGACAUUCCCACUGCAUUUGUUUUGUAAUCAGCACACAUACACUGAAAAAAAGAGGGCAUCUAUAGGGCAGCUAUAAAGCCACAGUCCUGGGCCGGGUUUCCCAGAUUCGUUAAGAAGCUCU